AUGGACGGAGUGUCCGAGGACUCGCCGCUUCUGCCGGUGGUUCUCGCUGGAGACUAUCUGGACCGCCUACUGGAGGGUUGGCCCCCGUCUCUGCUCACCUGCUUGGCUUGUCUCGUCUUGGCCUCUUAUGCGCUUUGUGGAUGUGAGCUGGACCUGUGCAUUGUUCUCGGCUUGACGACUUGGGAUGGCCUCGGUAGCCCAUACCUGAUUCCCAGUCGUACAUCGCACACCCGAUUCUUUCCCAAGAAGCAUUGCUUCUCGUACUCGUAUCUUGUCGUCGGAGUCCCUGUGGGUUUCUCAGGAAAUGCCAAUGGCAUUAUUUCCGCCGAUGUAUCUGGGAAACCCAGCUCCUGGUUCUCUUUCACCUUUGGUCUGAGAGCUUGGUUCGAUGUAAAUCCUGUCGAUUACCUCCAGCGCGGAGGUGCUGACCUUGGUUUGCGUGGCAAGUUGGAUAACUACCUUAGGUCCCAGGAUGUCGACCCAUCGCUGUAUCCUCAUGCCUAUCUCGUCACUGCGGCCAGGUUUUUGGGUUACCACUUCAAUCCAGUCUCCUUCUGGUUUCUUUAUUCACAGGAAAGAGUUCUCUCAGCAAUUGUACUAGAAGUCAACAAUACCUUUGGCGAGAGGCGCCCAUACCUAGUCGAGAGAGACUUUGAGGCCGAGGCCAAGAACCUCCAUUAUCCUGGCGCCCCUGAUGGAGAAGAGGCGUCCCGUCCUCGGAUAAAGGGUGCCUGGGCAAAGGAUUUCCAUGUAUCGCCCUUCAAUUCUCGCCAGGGAUCCUAUUCACUCCUCGCGAGCGACCCUCUAGGCCCCGACAUGCAAGGCUUCCUCGGGAUAGAUGUCACGAUAAACCUGGUGUCAUCUAAGGGACAUCCAAAACUUGUUGCGCGACUCUUUUCGGAAGGGGACGCAAUUGAGCCUAGCACUAUGAACGUUGUCCGGAAAACAAAUUUUCUUGCUGGUUGGUUCUGGGUUGGAUUUUUCACAUUCCCGAGAAUCGUCAAGGAAGCUGCUGUCUUGUUCUUCAAGCGUAGGCUUCAUGUCUGGUAUCGACCCGAGCCUCUGAGGGAGAGCAUGGGGCGCCUUGCCGACAACACAGAGAAGAAAUUGGAAGAAGUAUUCCGAAAAUACCUCCGCCAUCUCGUUAAUCAAUCCCCGAGUCCUAUUGUUAUCAAGUAUAUCCCAAGCGGGAUCUCAGGCCCUGCCGAAGAGAUGUUUGCCUCUCCUUCGUCCACGGAAGCACUCAAGACCGCGGAGCACGCUGAGAUCAAGAUACUGACACCGGUGUUCUACUCGCGCUUUGUGCAUUAUGCUCACGAUUUCGAAGCCAUGUUCAGUGAACUAGCCGAGAGUCAUACUGUUUGGGUCGACAAGCCGGAAUUAUUGCCAAAGAUCUUCCUGAAGAAGGCUGCACCGCCAUUGCAAGCGUCGAACCUAGUUGAUUACCUUUGCUUUCAGUUGAUCAAGAACCUGCGAUGCCGACCUCAGAAGAUCGAGAGACCGCUUACAUCUGCUGCAACUUCCUUACCCAGUACACAUACGAUGACGGACAUUCGAGGCUUUCGUAUCUCCUCGAUGGAUGCGUACGUGUUGGGACAGGACGAUGUACGGUUGAAGAAGGAGUAUAGAUCGGCCGUAGCCCGACUGUUCAUCGCUGACCGUUUUGCGGUCGGAAGCACGGAACUACUCGGGCUGAUGGAGCUUGUUGGCAGAACAGGGGCAUCAUGGAUGCUGGCGUCCCUCAUCAGCCGGACAAUCAAGAGUGUGUCAUGACGGAGUGAACAGCAGGGACAGAGAUUUUCCGCCACUCUCACGAUGACACGAUUAGUGGCAUGCCUAGACAAGGGAUUGAAGCUAUCAAGUCAUUGUUGACGAGCCCGACUGUGGGCAUGUUAUAUCCCGAGCACAAUUUGGAAUUGUUGCACUUGAGUUGGUUGAUUGUGGGGGAAACUCCCGGCCUAAACUGGCAACCGGAUGCGCUCCCCGCAACAACCAAUCGCUUCGCUUGGCAUCUCCAAGCUUGGCGAUGACGAAGGCCCCCGCCAGCCAUGGUCAGCCAGAGUGGCUGCUUACAGACGCGUUCAAUCAUCAUCAGCAAGCCAUGAAUUGGAAUGUUUUUGCUCCAUGUGUGCAGGAGCAGAAGGAUGCGGCUCCUUCGGAUCUCAUACCAUGCAAGCUGGA